AUUCAUAAACCCUUAUCCAAUUCUCUUUGCUACUCUUUGGCGCCAAUACAGAAAAAUGAGAUCCUGCAAAUCCCUAACCCUAGUAUGCGCAUCUCUCCGUUCCUUUGAAAAAUCCAAACCAAAUUUCUUCAAUUCCAAGCCCAUGUUUUCUCUAUCUCUUCGCCCUCUCUCUUCCCUCUCUCUCAAUUUCCAUCCCCUCUCUCAUUUCCGUGCAGGAAUCAGUCCGUGUAGAAUCCGCACAAGGUCUUAUGGGUCUAUGGACGGAGCAAUGUCAUUAGAAUCAACAGAAUUACCAGCAGAUGACUUGCAAAAUAACUGUGAGAAAAAUGACACCGUUGAGCACUUGCUGAACAACCGCGACGAUGUUUCGAGGCUUAUGAAAAUGGAGAGAAGAAGGUCGCUGUUGGUUGUCGACAAUGAAGUUGAACAAGCGCAACAGGAGAAGCGGUGGUUUCCUUACUUGGACCGGUUCGAGUGUGGGAGUGGUUUGUAUUUGAGUAGCGGGGAAGUGUUGGAGGCGAUGGAGCCGUAUAUAAUGGAGGAGAGGAAGGAGAGGUUUAGAAGUGCAGUGAAGAACCGGAGCUACUCGGUUUGUCUGGUGGUGGAAGGAUUGAGUGAUUUUGGAAACGUUUCGGCUACAUUUCGGUCUGCUGAUGCGCUUGGAUUCCAAUCAGUUCAUGUGGCCUCGUGUGACAGCUCGAAAAGGUACCGAGAAAAUCGUCAUGUUAGCAUGGGUGCAGAGAAAUGGUUGGACAUUGAACUUUGGGACUCUGUUCAAGAGUGCUUUAAAGUUCUAAAAUCUCGUGGUUAUCAAAUAGCCACAACGCAUGUGGGAAUGGAUGCAGUAUCCAUUUAUGACAUGGACUGGUCAUGCCCAACUGCAAUAGUAGUCGGAAAUGAAAGUAGGGGGGUAAGUGAUGCAGCCUUGGAACUGUCGGAUUUACACUGUAGUAUUCCAAUGAAAGGCAUGGUAGACUCUUUCAAUGUAUCAGUUGCAGCAGGCAUCCUCAUGCACCAUGCUGUUUGUGACAGAACUUCUCGCCUGGGCUGUCAUGGUGAUUUGAUGCCAGAAGAAAGUCAGAUCCUACUAGCAGAGUUUUCACUGCGUCAUAGCCAGAGUGCUAUUAGCAUUGCUCAUGAGUAUGCAAAGCGAAAGGCAGCUAUGCCUAUGCCCAAGCUUUGAUAGAGACUCGAACUACAUAAAGUUAGAUUCUUUCCGUUUUACUGCUUCCAACAAUUAUACAAUUGUUGUGAAUGCCAUUGGCAAUCCAUUUAAGUCAAAUCAAAGCUUCAAUUGGGAUUUUUACACUGAGGAAAAUGAUUGCUGCAAAAUCAGUCAAUAGAGAAGGUGAACAAGGUGGCUCACUUUGUGGCAAGCAACGGCCGAAGCAAAGAUGUACAUCGGGCUGGUAAUAUAGGUUAUGAGAUAACAACUUCAGAGUCAAUAGCCUGUGUUUUAAAUAUACUUUUUUCUAAUAUUCUAAGUUUGGACAGAGCACAAUGGAGAUUAAGGAUUCAUAUAAUCAACUACUUUGAAAUUAAGUCUUAGUUAUGUUAUAUUCUGAUUUUGUUACUAAAUAGGAGAAAGAAGACUUGUUUUCUUUGUACUUGGGUCAAGUCAGCCGUAAAGUUAUUUGGAAUUAGGCACCUUACUUGGGCUAUAUUCAUUUGCAAUGAAUUUCAGUGGACAUCUAUUUCUAAAUGAAAUUUCAUGUUUGGAUUGAUUAAUAAAUUCA